AACCGUUUUCGAUCCAAGUACACCGUUGCGAAGCUGGAAAGAUCCUGCCUUGAAAAUGAUCCGACCGGAGGUCGUAAAGCAACUGGUCUGCCCCUCGAUGGGCCUGGCCACAUCGUGGACCAUUAUGCGCAAGAGCGUGCCUUGUGGGAGUUUGCAAGAGGUUAGAGCGAGCUUCCGGCGGGAGCUGUGGCCAUUUGCAAAGGGUAAGAUUGUCAAGAGCGACACCAAAGCGAAAAUCCUCCGGGAGCAGGGUAACACGGCGUACAAAAAUGCCCCCAACGAUCCGGCCAACGCUCUGCAGUUGUACAAUCAGGCCAUCUGUAUGGCGGAAGAUGAUUCGGAGGAACUGGGACUUUGCUACGCUAACCGAUCCGCCGUCUACUUUAAUCAGAAACUCUACCGCGAGUCUUUGCAAAACAUCGAACUGGCACGACGGUACCACUACCCUGAGCAUCUGCGCCACAAGCUAACCGAGCGAGAGGAACGCUGUCGGAAGGCUUUACAAAAGGCUGGUGAGAAAGAGUCGCCGGAAGUUGCCCCAGGAAUGCGCGCUAGCCACUGUUCGCUGAAACCGUGCCUUGAGAUGAGCGCGGACAGGUGCAGCAUUCGCACGAGUCGCGAUUUAAGCGUCGGAGAGAAGGUGCUUCUCGAACGGCCAUUCGUGCUGGUGCUGGAAGCGGAAGUGGCUUACGCCCGAUGCGAUUACUGUGGCGCAUGCAACGAGCACAACCUACGCCCCUGCAAACACUGUACCGCCGUCAUGUACUGCUCGGAGGAAUGCCAAGAGCAGGCCCUGCAACGGUACCAUCAGUUCGAAUGCGAAAUUAUCGAUGAUUUACAGCUGCUGUACCGCGGACCAAAGGUAACGCGUGUAUUCCAGGUGGCACUUCGACUGUUUUGGCUCGGUAUUUUGCUGUACCUAGAAGCACCGGAACAGUUCGUGGAGCGGCUCGAAACUCCGGAGGAACUCGCCAAGUUUCGGGAUCCUUUCGCACUGGAACCAUCGGACUAUUUGCUGCAUCUUUUGGUCAGCUUUUCCGAGGAGGAGCACGGUGAAGCAAUGACGGACGAGUGUGUAACCCAGUUCCUCACUAUCCUAACGUACGUGGUGGCUGUUGAGGAAAAUGAAUCCUUGUCGCAACGGUUGGAGGGGUUGCCGGGAACGGAAAAGCUCCAUCAAUUGCUCUAUCAACUGAUCUAUCAUUCGUGCAUGCUGGCUGACCACAACCUACCGGAUGCGACGGGUUACUAUCCGUUUACGCAUCUGCUUAGCCAUUCGUGUGCACCGAAUAGCGAACGCAUCAAGCACGAUCUACAAACCAUCGUCGUGGUGAAACGCCCGAUCGCAAAACACCAACCAAUAACCAUAGCUUACAGCGACCAGCUAACGACUGAGCGUAUGAUCAAAUCGAAACGCCAGGAAACGUGCAGGAAGGACCACCGCAUCAAAGAGUGCGCCUGCGAAGGUUGCCAGGGGGACUAUCCCGUGCUGGAGAAGAUCGAGAAGGAUGAAACGCUCGAGGCCGAACUGCAAACGAUACGUGAUUUCACAUCUGACGAGCAAACAAAGGCCGGUUUGGCUGAUUUCCUGCAACGGCACGAUGGGGUCUUCCCGAAGCGAGAGCUAUACGAAGCGUGGACACUGUAUCGACCAUUUGUUACGGAUGAUUUGUAACGUGCUAACGAGAACACUUGCUGCCAUAAGAUCGAAAA